GUAUUGCUACAACAUGGCGGCUUUAUUCCUAUAAUCAAAUGCCUCUUUUUUUUAGGAAAUUCGUUUAGUGAAGGAGCGUAGCAUAGACUUAAAGUGUUCAUUAAUAGCUGCAAAUUUAACAUAUUUAUGCGUAGUUUUGUUUACGUUUCUAGGAAGGUAGUGACAGUUAGACGCAGACAUGAGUAAUAUAUACAUUCAGGAGCCACCCACAAAUGGCAAGGUUCUGAUAAAGACGACAGCUGGCGAUAUAGAUGUGGAACUCUGGUCCAAAGAGGCACCAAAGGCAUGCAGGAAUUUUGUCCAGCUUUGCAUGGAAGGUUAUUAUGAUGGGACCAUAUUCCACAGGGUGGUGCCGGACUUCAUCAUACAGGGGGGGGAUCCUACGGGCACGGGGUCUGGUGGGGAGUCUGUGUACGGACAUCCUUUUAAGGAUGAAUUCCAUUCCAGGUUGCGCUUUAACCGAAGGGGCUUGGUCGCCAUGGCAAACGCGGGCCCCCAUGAUAAUGGCAGCCAGUUCUUCUUCACUCUGGGUCGCGCUGACGAGCUCAAUAACAAGCACACCAUCUUCGGGAAGGUGACCGGCGAUACCGUGUACAACAUGUUGAGGCUGGCAGAAGUCGAAUGUGACCGGGAUGAAAGACCCCUGAACCCGCACAAGAUACGUUCAACCGAGGUCCUGCACUGUCCCUUUGACGACAUCAUUCCGAGGGAAACCAGAAAGGCGAAAAAGGAGAAGGACAAGGAUGACUCAAAGAAGUCCCAGUCCAAAGCGACCAAGAAUUUCAGCCUGCUGUCUUUUGGAGAGGAAGCAGAAGAGGAUGAGGAACUAGUGAAUAAAGUCAGCCAGACCAUGAAAGGGAGAAGCAAGAGCAGUCAUGACCUAUUGAAGGACGACCCACGCCUCAGCGCCGUGCCAGCAGUCGAGCGGGAUGAAUCCAAAAAUGCAGCCAAACGGAAUAAGCAGGGAAGCGAUGACGAGGGAGAUGACGAUAGCGAUGAGGCGGGGCAAAGCAGCCACAAGAAGCCCAGGGAAGAAGUGCCGAAGGUCGAGCCUGGCGAGGAGGAUCGCGGGAAGAAGGGCAGUCGCAGUGACGAGCUCCGCAAAGAGGCCCGACAGCUGAAGAAGGAGCUGCUGGCCAUCAAGCAGAGGAGAGCAGACAUUAGCAAGCCGGAGGAAGUUGACGAUGGUGGUGACGGGAAGGCCCCAAAUGAGGCAGUUGCUGAGUACCUGGAAGGGAGGAAGAAGUAUGACGAACUACGGAAACAGAAGCUGAAGAAGGGGUCCUCCAGGGAGGCACAGACGCUGGCACUCUUGGAUAGAUUCAAGACCAAGCUUUCGGAAGCCAUCAAUGAGACCCCAGAGGCCCCCGAAGAAGAUGUAGAGGAGUUAGGGGAGGAUGAUGACAAAGGAUGGCUGGUCCAUGUGCUCCAUUUCGACGAGCACACCAGAAAAGUGAAGGAUGCCAAUGUGCAGGAUGAGGAUACCUUCGAGAUCUAUGAUCCACGCAACCCCGUGAACAAGCGCAGGCGGGAGGAGAGCAAGAAGCUGAUGAAGGAGAAGAAGGCGCGGAGAUCAAUAUGGGGGGAGACAGAAAAAACUAAUGACUGCCGUCGUGCACCAGGAGAGGAGAGCAGAUUCACAGUCAUGCCUUAUUUGAUGCCAGGACCGACUGUGGUCUGCGUGAAUGAUCUACCACCGGCAUGUGUAACCAGGAGCACGCCCUGGCUGGGGUCCCGGCUUUCACUGCCCCUCUGGGAUCACGCUUACAUUUUCAUACGGAAAAGGGAGGAGGGCUUAUGUUACAGCGGCCGGCCAGUACCGCCAAGCUGAUGCAAAUCUAAAACAGGUGAGAUAGCCACCGCCUUCCACCGCUCCACACACUGUUGCUUAGCGGUUGCUGCGGUGUGAGCAUUACUUUUCGAUAUUCUGUUUCACCAUUUUAAUAUCUUUUAUCGUAACCUUGGUAAGUCAUUGUCAUUUUUUAUUCAUAAACACUGCUCGCACAUUUUAAACUCCCCCCAUUCACCCAUUAUAUACAAGAAUUCCCUUACAGUUAUCCAUUCUCCAUCAGCAGAGUCCAUGUGUUCGCGAUUACUUCUGUAUGUUUUCAUAAUAUCUAUACGUAGGUGUGAGCUUAAUGUGUCACCCUGCUGUAGGCCUUGGGAUGACAGCUUUGAAAUGUCAGAUCACUCUGCCCUUUUAUAUUCAGUAUCGAUUGACUAUUUUCUGUCUUCCAGUCACUGUUUUAAUCCCAUGAGCUUGUGGGCAAACUACACAGACAGCAUCUACAUAGAUAAUGGAUGCAGGGUGUCACCAUGUCUUUAAAGAACCAGCAUCCGCUUGGACUUCAUCAGCUGUGUCGCUGGUACAGGGGAUGUUACACAAGAGCAACAAUCGAACACGCUUCUACCAGUGUUUUGAUGUUUAACAAACAUAAAUUGCACCCAUAUCUAUUCCUCCUGCCCCUUAACCCUGGCUUGCUCGCUCCUGACUUCCAUCAUCCUGAUUUCUACCCCACUAGGGCUUGAGAGUUCCUGUCAAUUACAGCAUGACUCUGGGCCACAUUACCAGCCUGCAAACAUCAAGGAGUUUGAGUGCAUGAAAUUGCUUAUUUAAUUUAAUUUUUAAAAGUUACCGUUGACCAGAGAGGUGACAGAGUCCUGCUUUAUGACGAGAGACAUGCUUCAGGGGACAGUACAGGUCCCCUCGUUCUUCCAAAUGGCAAUAAGCCAUUCAUUUUUCUCUGAUUCUCAUUGUCUUCUGUCGUGCAGUAUGUUGCUGGUGUCUGUAACGAUAACCUGAAAUCUCAUUAAACACAAGUAUUUACUGGCUGUGUGGCUCUAUUCAGACUCAGCCUCCCACCCGAGUUCAUCAGAGCAUGCAUAUGCAUUCAGUAUGUACCUGCAGGCUAUGUUGUAUUACAGCGAGCCUGGCAUAUGCAUGCACUCAGUAUGUACCUGCAGGUCACGUUGCAUUACAGCGAGCCUGACAUAUGCAUGCACUCAGUAUGUACCUGCAGGUCAUGUUGCAUUACAGCAAGCCUGGCAUAUGCAUGCACUCAGUAUGUACCUGCAGGUCACGUUGCAUUACAGCGAGCCUGGCAUAUGCAUGCACUCAGUAUGUACCUGCAGGUCACGUUGCAUUACAGCGAGCCUGGCAUAUGCAUGCACUCAGUAUGUACCUGCAGGUCACGUUGCAUUACAGCGAGCCUGGCAUAUGCAUGCACUCAGUAUGUACCUGCAGGUCACGUUACAUUACAGCGAGCCUGGCAUAUGCAUGCACUCAGUAUGUACCUGCAGGCCACCUUGCAUUACAGCGAGGCUGGCGUACGCAUGUAUUCAAUAUGUACAUUCAGGCCACGUUGCAUUACAGCAAGUCUGGUGUAUGCAUACUUGCAGGCCACGUUGCAUUACAGUGAGUCUGGUAUAUGCAUGCAUUCAGUAUGUACCUGCAGGCCAUGUUGUAUUACAGCUAGCCUGGUUUUGCCUCAUGGGUUAAGCUCCCAUGCUUGCCUGCUGUAGACAAAGUUCACCCUGACAAAUAAGUUCCAGAGAAGCCCCCCUCUCCCCCCUUUGUGGGGGCACCAGACGCGGCCUGUCUGCUUUCCUCUCUCCCGUUUGAUAAUCACAGUUUCCCCAAGGAUGAGUGCAGCCAUGAUUAUGCACAGCAGCAGAGCUACUUAAGGGCUCUCUCUCUUUCUCUCUCCCUCUUUCUCAUUCUCCCUCCCUCUCUUCUUCUGUCCCUCUCUGCCAAUACUUCUCCCUCUACCUUUCUUUUUACCUCUUUUUCUACCUCUACCUCUCCAUCGAUCUUCUCUCCCUUCCGCUCUCUACCUCUUUCCUUCCCUCUUACGUCUAUCCCUCUCUCUACCUCUCUAUCUUUGUCUACCUCUCUCUCUACUUAUCUCUCUAUCCCUCCUUCUCUUUCCCUCUCUCUGGCCUGGGCCAUUCCUGCUUCAGUCUCGCCACACAACUGAAAAUUUCUGGAUGGCGAGAAAAUGAUUCUACAUCAGCUGGUAACCAUUUAUAUGGUCUGUGGGGUGUUUGAUACAAGCAGGUCAUGUGCCUCCCACCCCUUAGCUUACCAGAGCCCAGCUGUUUGGAAUGAGCUCGCCUGUAAAUGGAAUGGUGCUAAAAGUCCAGAUUGUAUCUGAAGAUGUAGGAUUGAAGCUGCCAAACAUUUGCUACCCUGUAUAUAUAGUAUUUAUCAAGUAUUGUAUAGUAUUUUAUAUGACCAUGUAGGAAAAUUAUUAGACAGCAUCCUAGUGUCCAGAAUCUUUGUAUAACAAAUUUACUCACACUGGUGUUUUCCAGCUUUGUUUACUUUUGCUGUGUUUGUUUAGAUUUUACAAAAGCUAUUUAAAUUAAUGAUUUACUCGUUUUAUUGGUCUAUGUCCCCUUAAUGUGUCAAUUAACAGGCCAUCACCGUUCAGUCCUUGGAAUAAAAUCAAGAUAGAUAUGAAUACUGAUGAAUACUAUGAUGGAUGGAUGAAUACUAUGAUGGAUGGAUGGAUGGAUAGAUGGAUGGAUACUUUCUUUAUUAAUCCCAAAGGAUAUUUAGACAUCCAGUAGCUCGAAAAAUACAAUGGUAGAGACAAUAACACAUGCUGAUAAAAUAAAUUAAUAAAUUGGACAAUAAUUGCUGCUACCAAGCAUUAUAUAUGUGAUAGAAUAAGUAAAUAAUAAAAAUAUAUCAUUUAAAAGAAUAGCAUGUAUUUGAAAUAUCUAUUUUACUGCAGGCAUAUCUGUUAAUAAUGACACAAUCAGAAAAUAAUGAUGUGAGUGCAAUUGAAUGCUCUAUUGGUGUAUAUAUUCUGAAACCACUCAUCCUGUUCAAGGUUGCAGCAGGCCUAGAACCUACAGACAUAAGGCAGGGAACAACCCGGGAUGGUGUGCCAACCCAUUGCAGAGCAAACUCACACAUCACUGACACCUAUGGGCAAUUUGGUAUUUCCUAUUAGCCUCAUAUUUUUGGACUGCGGGGGGAAACCUGACAAUGACGCAAGGAGAACAUGCAAACUCCACACACAUGGAACUCCAGCGGACACUUCAACCCAAGUUCCAGAGGUGUGAGGCAACAGUACUAACCACUGCGCUACCAUGCCACCCCUGUAUGCAUCUAUGAAUGCUUCAGGUUAUUACAGUAAUUAAAUAGCUCAAUAUACCACAUCAGUAGCUGUAUUCACAAAUGAGAAAAUUCUCGAUUAUUUGUUAAUGAUGAUUGCCAAAACUUAACUGCAGUUAUUGUUAAAUUUACAUCCCUGAUAGUCGGAAUAAAAAUAUCUAUGGAUAAGGAUCCCACUGUUAAAAUCUCCUUUAAGUCUCUUGAUGAUCUCAAGGUGAAAUUACACUUAAGUGGAGGUAACCCUUUUUUCCUAUUAUCCUAAUGUGUUUUGGGAGCAUUCCAACUUUGGAAGUAAAAAGGGCCAAAGCUGUCCGCAGGCUAUCCACGGACACUAUGGAUAAACUGCAGAAUUAUAUUAUGACUUAAUCUUGUCAAUCGCUUGGAAGCUUUGAGUUACACUGAAUUAUAGUAAGUGCUCUGUCAUCUAAUAUUCCCCUGUUAUAGUGGACGCCGUCGUUCUUGUCUCAGCACAAAGGGGUCCAGAAUGAAAGAGAUGCAUUUGUGGUCCCUCCGGCCUUCUGUCUUUGAUUAAGUGGUCUCCGUGGUGAAAGAGUUGGUGAAACACACUGCGCACGCACAGACGUUUUCUGCUCUAAGGACCAUUUCCUAAAGCUAAUGCUAAAUGUUGCCAUGUAUGAACGGCACAUUUUCACCUCAAAGUGCAACACUUUUGGCCAUGUGCAGUGUAUUUUUCAGCAAGUGCAGUUUUAACAGUGAAUUUUUCACAGUUCAAAACUGGUCUACGGGGCCCCUGGAGUAAGCUAAUCUUGCUGGGCUGCCGCUAAAAUCCCCUCAUUAACGUCAGUGUUCUGGAGUAUCCUCUUCUUGCAGGACAUUUACCAAAAUCCCUUGAUAUUUUGACCUUCUGGGAGCCCCCUGUUCUUGUGUGGCUCAUAGCUGAGCAUCCACUGCCUCUGUGUUUAACAGCUGAUGGCUGCUAUAUCUUGUCAGUCAUUGUAACUAUGAUGAAUUGAUUUUACUUUGUGUUUUUAAUAAUAAUACUCUGCCAAACCAUUUUUCAUCCUGAUAAUUAUAUCAUGUAUAGAGGUCACAUAUAAGGACUCAGCCAGGUCGUUGACGCUUAGUUAGCUGAUAUGUGACACAUGCUCCAGUUGCCCCACCCCCACCCCCGACUCUUGCACCUUUGCCCCAUUUGAUCGCAAGCCCGUGUCCUGGGGAUAAUGCAUGACAACCUUGGUUUCUUCCAAGCUUCCAUUGAUGGUGAGCUUCUGGAUACAUUAACGACUCUGCGAGAGUACUUCAAACAAGCUUCAAAACACAGGAGAGGCAUUUAAAAUGAAGGCAGAGAGUCAAAAUUCCUCCUCUCACGAUAUAUGCAUCUCGCUGGGCCGCUAAGCAUUCAGGGUUUGCUUUGGAAAUGUUGUAAAAAUAUUUCAGCACUCGCUAGCGCCUCCGUAGGAUCCCCACCGUCUUUAGCCAAUCAAUUAGCUGCAUUUUCGAAGACCUAAUAAAAAGCUUUUAACCAGCUUGUGUGUCUUCCAACUUGCAUGCAUUCCUGCCCAUUCUUUUAAAUGAAGAACACACUGGUUUUAUUUGUAUUAUUUAUUUGCUUGCUUUACCCGAAGGAACUCAUAUGGAUUAGAUCCUGGGCAUCAACUGAUGCAAUUCGCAUACAACAGUUGUUUUUCUUGCGGUGAUUUAAUCAAAACCCCCUCAAAUUAUAAUUCCUAUAUUUUAACCCAGUGGUUGCCAAUGCAUUGAUCAUGAGCUACUAGCAGCCCUCAGGAAGCCAAUGGGUAACUCACAUAACACGUAUUAGAAAUCAUAUUAAUUUUACAGUCGCCAUCUAACCCCAGUCACUUCCUUUAACCACUCCCACCAUUGAUCGAUAUAAUCUUUGUAUGAAACACAAACCUGCCCAGAUUUUCAUCUUUGUAGAAGUAGUCUUCACUGUAAAUAAGGUUUUAAUCUCUACCAGGCCUGCUGGACUAGCCUGGAUAAGCACUACCCCCAAGCCACUGAAAAUAGCUGGAUUGUUCCAAAAGAAAGAGGUGAUAAGCAGCAGUGGGCAGACGUCAGCUCAUUCAGGAUAUCCCUGCUGUUUCAUGUGCUAAAUGAGUGCAUCACGGGAGCCAUGCGAUCGGGCAAAAGCUUUGUGUCCAUUUGAGGAAACUAGUACAUAUGUGUUAAUUAGGGCAAGUUUAUAGCCAACCGUCAGCAACGUGAGCCAGAUAUGUUGAAAUGGAGCUGUUUUUCUGUUAAUUCUGCCAUUGAGUUGGUGAGGUUUACAGAGCAACACAAAGUCUUUGGUGUGACCCGAGUGCAUCCUGGGUAAGAGCCACACUGGGACUGGACACAUUAUAAGGAUAAAUGGUUGAAUGUAUUAUGAAUCAGUCAUGAUUCCCAGCUACCCAUCAGAAUGUCUUUAUAUCAUGCCAGUCAUUUUAUCCACCAAUACCCUUGAUAAAUGAAGCAUAUUUUUGUUUGUGGUGAAACAGCUAGACUGCAGCCAGUACUUUCUUCCCAAGUCAGCAUUUUUACAGAGGAUCGUCUCCAAAAGCGGAUGCAGCAAGGUCCCUGUCGCCAAUGGCGCUGUAAAAUCACUUGACCUUGCGCCGGCAUCCUUGCCUCGUCUGCUCGGACUUUCAGAUAUAUGAUAAUGUAAUUAGCUCUGACCCCUGCCUGCUAAAUUUGAAGGUUUUAUUGCUUCUACUUGAGUGGGCCGCCAUGACCCAUACUGUCGUGACAUUCGAGAUGGGCACCGCCAGUGCGAGAGGCUUUUUUCCUAUUUAUUUGUCGUUUUAUAUUCUAAUGCUUGGACCAUGAAGAAAGAAAGCUACUAUUAAAUCAAGAUUCUCAAGUGAAAUGCCUCUGAAGCUGGGAUGGGGCCCUCUUUGGAAGUCUUUAAUGGGGUUAACCUGCAUAAAUGUCCUCGUGUCGUGGAUCAUAUUUCACUGCUACUUUAUAAGAUUUAUUCUUCAGGAGGCACAUCUUCCCCUCUCCUCUCUCCUCUCUGUUCUCUCUCUCUCUCUUUUCUUGAGCUCUAUUUUUCAAAAUUUGUGUCUGGCAGCAGAGUUGGAAUGAUAACUGGGCAUGCCCCAGAGUUAUGAGUCUGUGCAUGACGGAUUAAAAAUAUCAAGGAAGGAUCUGUAAGCCCGACCCUUUGACAUUCAUUUAUUUUAUUUUGUUGAUUGACCCAAGUACAGGCAACUGAUGCAAAUGAGACUCUGAGGCACUUGAUUGGGCUGUUGGAGAAGCGGCAGUCAAAAGCCAAUUGCCGCCAAGUGGCAGGGCGAGAUAGAGAAGGCAAUAUAGUACAAUGCAAUGGUUUUGUUUGUUUAUGUGGAUGGGAUUUGGGGGUAGGAUGCGGGGUAGUGACCGGACCAUUAAAAAUAACACAGAACCAUUCCUCUAACCUUUGCCAGACUUGGAAUCCAAGGUAGACUGCACAUGAAAAGAGUUGUACCAGAGGAAUUGGACGAGACUGAUCAGGAAUGAUUUCUGUUUCCCAAAAAUUUUAAAGCAUUGAAAGGAACCAGUCAAAACAAUAAAUUUAGCCCGAGUCUACAACCAAGACCAAGGUUAAACUCUAAGAAGGAAACCUCAGAAAUAUUUUACCUCAGACUGAAUGAACAUUUUGCAUUAAAUUACACUCUGGAUGGUUGUUAUCUAACCUUCCAGUUGAAGACUGUAAAAAUAUUUCCAUUUAAGGCCUGCCUGAGUUUAUUCCAUAUUUUCGGAGACAAAAAUGUGGAAAAGCAAAGGGGAGCUAUUUAAAACCCUGCAGAGCGUGAUAGGUAAGCUUUCUGCUGGAUGCUGAAGGAUGUCUUCUAGGACUAAAUCAAACCGGUUUCCUUGUAACUUGUGGGAGCCUGGCCCAAAUGCUUUCUUUAUUACAUUGCUCAUUUGCUUUUUCAUUUAACAUGUUUUUGAAUGAUCUAUUUGUUUAAUAUUGGUGCUCUUGACAUUUCAAUGAAUUCUAAGGCACCUCAUGUUUAUGAUGCCUUGUGUUAAAAAAACAAACUCGUAUUUAAAGGAGGACAACUUGAAAAACAGAUGCUAAAUACAUACUCUUUUGGUAAACCAUUUAAUUUUUAAUUCUGGCUCAUCCUUUGACGUAGGACAUGAGCCAAAUGUUUUCAAUAGUUCCUACUCGCUCUCAUAUCUUUUUAGAUAGAUAGAUUAGAUAGAUAGAGAGAAAGAGAGAGAGAGAGAGAGAGAAAUUAUUUAUCCAGAAGGAUAAGGUGUCCAGUAGCUUAUACACCGUAUACAUACACAUAGGCCCACAGACCUAUGACAUUCACACACAUACAUACUGCAACAAUACAAAGGAAGAUAACAGGAGGGCAGUGUGCUAUACAAGCAAAACACGUAAGUCCAUCACACUCCUCCCCUUCCAUGUGACGUUGAAGAGCUGUAUGGCCCUAGGGACAAAGGACCUUCUGAGCCUGUCUGUUUUGCAUGACAGAGACAGGAGCCUAUCGCUGAAUAUGCUCUUCUGUUUGGAGAAAGUGGUGUGCAGAGGGUGACAGUCAUUGUCCAGUAUUGAGAGCAGUCUGCUCAGGGUCCUCCUAUCUGCAACUGAUGUCAGGGACUCUAACUCCACAGAGCUAGCUUUUCUCACCAGCCUGUCCAGUCAUCCAGCAUUCCUCUUCCUAAUGCUACCUCCCCAACAUACCACAGCAUAGAAAAGGACACUGGCCAUGACAGACUGGUAGAACAUAAGCAGGAGUUUGCGGCAGACAUUGAAGAACACCAGCCUCCUAAGGAAGUAGAGCCUGCUCUGCCCUUUCUUGUAAAGUACUUCAGUAUUGGCAGACCAGUCCAGUUUAUUGUCAAGGUGUACCCCCAGGUACUUGUAUGUACUGACAGUCUACACAUUCACCCCUUCGAUGGUGAAAGACGUCAAUGGAGGGGCAGACCUCCUGAAGUCCACUACGAUUUCCUUCAUCUUGGUGAUGUUCAGCUGCAGCAGGUUGGUUCUACACCAUACCACAAAGUCCUCCACAAGGCUCUUAUACUUAGCCUCCUGCCCAUCCUUGAUACAACCUACAAUUGCAAUGUCAUCAGAGAACUUCUGGAUAUGGCACGACUCGGAGUUGUACUUGAAGUCUGUGGUAUACAAGGUGAACAGUACAAGAGAGAGAACAGUUCCCUGUGGUCCCCCAGUGCUGCUGACCACAGCCCUAGAUGUGAUAUCCCCCAGUCUAACAAACUGGGGCCACUCAGUGAGGUAAUCAGUAUUCCAGGUCACCAGGCUUGGGUCCACUCUUAUCUGCAGCAGUUUGUCUCUCAACAGAAGGGACUGGAUGGUGUUGAAAGCGCUGGAGAAAUCAAAAAACAUGAUUCUCACAGCACUGCCUCCAUUGCCCAAGUGAGAGUACACCUUGUGUAGCAGAUAGAGGAUGGCAUCCUCCACUUCCACAUUCUCCUGGUAAGCAAACUAUAGGGGGUCAAGCACAUGGCGAACCUGGGGUCUUAGGAGGAGGUGGAGCAGCAGCUGCUCAAGGGUCUGUGAGGUGAGGGCAACCGGCCUAAAGUCGUUGAGUUCUUUGGGGUGUUGCAUCUUGGGACUUUUUUUUGGGGGGCAGUAUUUGCCAUCUUGCUUAUAGGAUUGCUUCAGCUUGUCUAGAUUUACCUGCAGUCCUGCCUGCACGGACCGACUGGUCUAGGUCUUAUUAUGUUUGCCUGUCCAACACACAAUUCCAUUUUCUCACCACAGUGUUUCUAAAACAAGUCCUCGCGAAUUCCGAGGUGUGCUGGGAACUGGGAGGGAGCAAAAAAGCGAACUGUCUGGGGGCCCCCGAGGGCUGGCUUCAGAAACACUGUAUUAGUUAGACUUUUAGUAAUACUAGGUUUAGUUUUGCUCAGUCAGUCAGGUAGUUAGUUAGUUAGCUAGCUAGUUGAUUUGCCUGAAUAUGUAGAAUUGUCAUUUCCAUUUUGAAAACAACUUCAAGUCAUGAAGAGAGGCUGUGAUGUUUCUUCUACCUCUUCUUCUUAUUGUUAUUUUUGUUACUAUUUUGUGCCCUGUAUUGCCCCCCCUGUUGUUGUGGAUGAGCAUGAAAAGUCCAAUUUCCCAAAAAUGUCUUUGAUCAUGCUACUCUUUCACAAAGUCUAAAUGCUUGUAGCGUUUAUGGGAAGCAUCCCAUGAAUGCCAUUGCUACCAGCAUGGACAUCAGCUGCAGCAAGGCAGGCCUGCAGGUCCUUGCUUCUUUUGGACUUCCUGUCUGAUAUUUCUUAAUGCUCUCUGAAAUAAUUUUUGGAGGAAAACCACAUCCUUAUAGUCACCAGCAAAUAGUUUUCUCCACCACUUGUCUUACAGUGGACUGACAAACUCCAAAAUAUCAUGCAAUGCUUUUAUAACUAUGUCCAGGCUACUGGAUGCUCACGACACUAUUCCCAAGGUCUUUUGUGGUCUCCUCAGACUAUGACAUAGUGUUAUAUUAACACCAAACUAACCCACAUUUUUAUUUAUGUAGCAUACGGCAAAGCAUACUGUAUACUGAUGAUUUAAUUUAACACUUCACCUGGCCACACUUACCUUGUUGACUCACUUAAUGAACAUUUUUAAAACUCUUUCUGUUAUUAAUGGGUCUAUUCCUGUAAACAACACAUAUAAUUUGCCACCAUGAUCCUAUUCUAAAUAAGUGGUUAGAAGAUAGAUGGGCCGAUGGAUAUCAUUUCUGGUUUAAACACAUUCCAUUUAGUUAAUGAGUUGGUGAAGAAUAAUAGCAUUUUCAGAAACAUUGCAUGUGUUUCACAAUGUUGCAUGUUUGUCAAAAUGCCAAAAUGUAUUUGUACAUUGUUUUCAAGUAUAUAUCAUGUUGGUCCUUUCUAAAGACACUACUUGCAUGUAAUGCAUUUUAUCAUGAUACAAAGAUGAAUAUAAUUGUUCACAUAUAAAUACACGCAUGAGUGCAUGCAUUUAUGUGUGCACAAAAUCUGUUUUCACUUUACAGAAAGGAAAUUCUGGGGUUCCCCAAGGUUCUGUCUUCAGACCGAUUCUUUGUAUUAACACAGGAUUCAUUAAAGGAUAAAUACUUCA